GAAAGUAUGAGGUCGAUUUUGAUCACCGGAUGUAACCGAGGACUGGGUCUGGGGCUUGUAAAACACCUGGUAAAGUUACCACAACCGCCAGAAAAUGUCUUCGCGACUUGCCGAGACAGGAAUAAAGCAAAGGAAUUAACUGCAUUGUCUGAAACAUCGAAGAACAUUCAUAUUAUCGAAAUAGAUCUGGUCGACACAAAAAACUAUGACAAGAUAGUGCAAAUUGUAAAUGAAAAAGUGGGCCAGGCUGGAUUGAAUGUUUUAUUCAAUAAUGCUGGGAUCAGUUCAAAAUUCGCGCGACUUGGUCUGGUUAAAGAAAAACAACUUACAGAAACGUUUUUCGUAAACACAGUUGUACCAAUUUUAUUAACAAAGGCAUUUGUACCACUAUUGAAAACAGCAUCUAACAACUAUGAGAACAAAUCAGAGAUGAACAUUCACAGGUCAGCAGUUAUCAACAUGAGUUCCAUUCUUGGAAGUAUAGCUGACAAUGCUGUGGGUGGAUAUUACCCUUACAGAUGUAGUAAGACAGCACUUAAUGCAGCAACAAAGUCAAUGAGCAUUGAUUUAAAGGAAGAUGGAAUCCUAGUCAGUUCUUUACAUCCUGGUUGGGUACGUACAGACAUGGGAGGAAAUAAUGCAUCCAUGGAUAUUGAUACCAGUGUCGCUAACAUUUUGAAUACACUGAAUUCGUUAACUGAGAAACACACAGGCUGUUUUGUUCAGUAUGAUGGAAAAAUCUUGCCUUGGUAAACAUAUUGAUUCUUUCUUUUUUCAGAGAAUUACAUUUCAUUAUUUUUUAUCUUUCUUUUAAUAGACAUUACUUAUACAUGUAGCUCGUAGUCCAUAGAUUGUAUAUAAGUACAAAAUUUAAAAAAAAGGCAGAGAUUAAUGAAAGUAUUUUAUAUUAUAUU